GGCUGGACGUGGAACCGAGAUCAGGCCAUGGUAAUUGGUGUGCUAAGUUCAGUGAAGAAAAAUACAGACAACAUCUUGAAGAAAGGAAACAGAAGAUUUGAUAACCUUCUAGCACAAGGGGAGGACACUUGCACUCAGGGAGAGUCAACGUUUUCCCUAAAUAAAGGCAAUGAUAAUAAUAGGACAUGCAUAGUGUCUGCUAGCACAAAAAUUCCUGGAGCAUCUAUGCUAUCUAAAUCUGAAGUUAGUUUGACCCUCCAGAGAAGAAAAGCUGCAGAUAAAGGAAAUUCCUGUAUUCGUGAUGAAACUAAUGUUGACAUUGAUGUGGGUGAAGAAGCAAAGAGGCUUACUUUGCAACGCCGCACUAGAGUAGGUAACCCAAAAAGAACUAACAAUCUGUAUGAAAAUUCACAAGGCAAAAUAUCUGUAGUCUCAACACAGUGUCCAAGGAAUAACCAAUUACAAUCAAAGUACACCCAUUUGAUAGGUUCCGGGUCUUCUGCUGAGCCUUCAUUAGUGCAUAAGGUGGCAAGUACCAGAAGUUAUCCUUCUACAUUUGUAAAGCAGACUUCAGUUGAUAAGGAACAGAACUCAAUAAAUGUCAAGAAAGAACAGACUUUGAGCAAAUGGUCAACAACACCUAUUAAAAAGGUGGCAGUUGGUAAACCAAAUGAAAAUGGUAACACGCAAAAAGCAGACAAAUGUAUCUUUAAAGUGCCUUUUGAACGGAACAAGACAUUAACUAGUAAUGGAAUCAAAUUAGCAAUGAAGCUAGGUAAUCGGCCAGAAGCCAAAAACUUACCUGAUUUUUCUGUUAAAACAAAGACCAAAGAUUUCCAAACCACAAGCCCAAAAGUGGAUUGUAGAACAAAUAACUUAAAAUAUUCAUUAAGUUCUGAGAAUAAAGGAGACCAAAAGCCACCCAGAAGUGAUACACUUACAAGAAGUAUUCAACAGGCAGAGGUAUCAUUGCAAAGACCAUGCACAGUGAAUGAAUGUUCAAAUGGAGAAGACAGUGCUGUAACUGUGGCUGUUCGAGUGAGGCCUUUCAGCAAUAGGGAAAAAAAUGAAAAUUCACAAUUGGUAGUUUCUAUGGAAGGACAAGACACUGUUGUCAAACAUCCAGACACCAAUCACACUUAUUCAUUUAUUUAUGACUUUUCAUUCUGGUCAUUUGACGAAUUGCACCCCAAAUUUUCAAGUCAGGAAACUGUGUAUAACAAAAUAGGACUCCCUCUGCUAGAGAGAGCUUUUGAUGGCUACAAUGCAUGUCUCUUUGCAUAUGGGCAGACUGGUUCUGGAAAGUCAUAUACAAUGAUGGGCUUCACUGAUAAGGGAAUCAUACCAAGAUUCUGUGAACACUUAUUCGCCCUGGUAACACGACCUAACCAGCAGGUUUCAUACUGCAUUGAAAUGAGCUACUUUGAAGUCUACAAUGAGAAAAUUCAUGAUUUGUUAGUUGGUGGAAGUGGAAAAGCAGAAAUAAAGCAAUCUCUGCGAGUGAGGGAACAUCCAGUCUUUGGACCUUAUGUGGCCAAUCUCUCUUCGAAUGUUGUUACCUCUUACGCAGAUGUUCAUGGCUGGCUAGAAUUGGGGAACAAACAAAGGGCCACUGCAGCCACAGGCAUGAAUGAAAAGAGUUCCAGGUCUCACUCAGUCUUCACUCUCAUCAUGACACAGACCAAGACUGAAUUUGUAGAUGGGCAGGAACAUGAGCAUUGUGUAACAAGCCGAGUAAACUUGGUGGAUCUUGCAGGAAGUGAACGUUGUUUUACAUCUCAGACUAGUGGCGAUAGGCUCAAGGAGGGUGUGAGCAUAAAUAAGUCUCUCUUCACACUGGGAAAGGUUAUUUCAGCACUUUCGGAACACUUUCAGUCUAAGAAGAAAGUUUUUAUCCCUUAUCGGGAAUCUGUUCUAACAUGGUUACUGAAGGACAGUCUUGGUGGCAAUUCAAAAACAGCUAUGAUAGCUACUAUCAGCCCUUCUGCCUCUAAUGUGGAGGAAACUCUUAGUACACUUAGAUAUGCCAAGCAAGCUCGUCAAAUUAUCAAUGUUGCAAAAGUGAACGAAGACUCAAGUGCAAAAUUAAUUAGAGAGCUGAAAUUAGAGAUUGAAAAGUUGAAAGCUGUUCAGAUGAGUAGCCAAGGAAUUCAGUCUGAAAAAUAUAAAUCAUCCCAACGAGAAAUAGAGGCCUUAAAGUUAAAGCUUCGUCAACAGGAGAGAGAAAUUGCAGAGGCACAUAGGAAAUGGAGGGAAAAGUUGGACCAAGCAGAGGAGAGAAAGCUGGAAGAAGCAAGAGAACUGCAGAAAGCUGGAAUCACUUUUAAAGUGGAUAACAGUUUGCCAAACCUGGUCAAUUUGAAUGAAGAUCCGCAGAUUUCUGAGAUGCUCUUGUAUAUGAUAAAAGAAGGUCAGACAAGAGUGGGAAAACAACAGCCAUACUCCAAGCAUGACAUUCAGCUGUCAGGGGCUCUCAUCGCUGAUGAUCAUUGUGUGAUACAAAGCUUAAAAGGUACAGUUAGCAUUGCACCAAUAGGUGAUGCAAAUACAUAUGUCAAUGGACAUCUUAUAAAGCAAUCAACGGUGCUGCAUCAUGGAGACAGAGUAAUACUUGGUGGUGAUCAUUACUUCAAAUUUAAUCAUCCAUUGGAAGUCCAGAGUGGACAAAAAGCAUCUUCUGGGAAUGCACUCCUUGGAGAUCCUCCAAAAGACUUUGAAUUUGCCAGAAAUGAACUUCUUCAAGCUCAAAGGGCAAGACUUGAAGUUGAAAUUGAAGAGGCGCGUUUGCAAGCUAAACAAGAGAUGAUGCAAGGUAUCCAACUUGCAAAACAAAUCGCUCAAGAGGAAUUAUCCAAUCAAAAAUCUCUGUAUGAAAAUAAAAUACAAGAGCUUGAAAACGAAUUGGUGAAUGAAAAUAGAAAAAGGAAAGAAAUAGAGCUGCAGAAUGUCAAAAAGCAGCUUCAAAAGGAGAUGCUAACAAACCGAAGGCUUGAACAAGAGCUGGAAAUGAACAGGAAGCGCCUUGAAAUGGAGGCCUCGGCCACAAAGCAGGCCCUGGAAGAUCAUAAUAUACGGCAUGUAAAGUUCCUCGAUGCUCUGGAGGCAGAGAAAAGAAAGAUGGCACAAGAUUUGGAACGGAUGCAGCAAGAACGACAAAAGAAAUGGGAGGCUCAAAAUUUUACUUCAUGUACAAGCCAUUCACACUGGAGCUCCAUGAAGCUUUCAAUGAUGAUCCAGGAAGCUAAUACUAUUAGCAGCAACUUGAGGAAGCACACUAUUUUUAUUAGACAUGAGCCUGACAACAAAAAUGAAAGCCUAAAAAGUCCAAUUCAGGUUCAAGUUAAAAAUAUUAAGUUAGGCAUAAGCACUUUCUGGAGCUUGGACAAAUUUGAAUGCAAGUUGGCGACUAUGAGAGAACUCUAUCAGGGUACAAGGCAUUCUGGAGAGGAAGACAUAUUUUAUGAUCCCAAUGAUGACUGGGAAACGGAUUUGACGCUCUCUUCCUCUUUCUCUAAAAGACGAAGUAGAAGUUUUUUCAAAAGCAAACGAAUAGCUGGAUGUUUAGCAGGAAUCCAAGCACUUGCAACUCAAAAUACGCAGCCUGCGCAUACAGAGUUACUGAAUUUGUCUCAAAGUAUUUGCCCCAUGGGCUCUGAGUCAACAUUGCCUGUCGUUUGUAAGGAAAUUUUGAGUGGAGCUGUUGACUUUCUGGGAAGAAGUCAGGUAUCACAAGAAAACAUCCCUGACAGACUUUUUACUGACCUCAUCACUAUUCAUAAGGAAACAAUGGAAAUUUCACAUACCUAUGAAAAGCUAGAUGAAGGAAGUCAAGAAAACAUGUUCAACAAUAAUAAAACUAUGCAGUCUUGCUGCAUCAGAACUACAUCAAAUUUUGAAAGGGUGACAAUUCUAGUGAAGCUUUGGACAGACACUACCCCACAAGACUCUUGCUUUGGAAUGAUUGAAGAUGAACUACUUGGGGAAGUUAGAACAUUGGGACAAAACUUACAACUGUUAUUACAGGGCUGUGAUUCAGAUAUUUCCUCUAUGGUGGUGGAAGCUCGGAACAAAAUAAGCCAAACUAUUAAAAGACUUGUAAAGCACAUAGGUCACUUGGCAGCCUGCAUGGGCAUGGAGCUGCAUUUUGACGAAGAGAACAUGGAUGAUUCACAUAGUUACAAGGGAAAUAUUUUGGCCAGUUUUUAUGAGGGAGGAUUCUCUGGAAUGGAGAGUCUUCUGAAUGUUGGCCUAAAAAGAAUAAAAGAACAUCAGAAGCUUUUGCAAAAUGAGUCACCUAGUGUGGAGGCACUUGAGCAACUGAAGAAGAGGAGUAUGGCAUUGUCUGUUUCAAUCCAGAACUAUCUCAUGGAACUUAAAAAGAAGAUGGGUGCUCAAAUCCAAAAAAACAUGACCUGUUGUAUGGACUCGCUCAAGACCCUGCUCACGGUUGCUGCUGUAAUGGUGAAGCUUAAUGAAAGUUCACACAGUUUAUACCAGAUGAUGACUUUGGUGCUGAGAGGUGACAGUAUGGCCAAUGAUCAGCUGAAGAAGUUCAUAGACGUGGUUUGUUCAUCAGUAAAGCAAGUGGCUGAUAAAUUUGGUAGGCUGUGGGCUUCCUCAUGCCAUGAGAUGAGUGCAUCCUCUGUCAGAGAAAGUAAACCUGACAAAGAUUCUCAGUUAGCGCUAAGUGAAAUAGACCUGGCUGCCUGCUCCUUCCUUGAUUUAAUUGAAUAUCUUCAAGAUAAAGAGAGACACCCAAGUUGCCCUGAUAACAAUGAAAAGAACGAAGGGAAAAUCAAGACUUCCACAGAUGUUAACUCUGCUAGGUGGUGCGGUAGAGGUGUUAAGAAGGUUGUAUACACACUCCAAGGAACAACUUCAACUUCAGAAAAAUCAAGUGCACAAUGGAUUUGAAAGAUCGCCAACCUGAAGUUCAUCAAAUCUUUAAUAUCAUAAGCAAUAAAAUGAUUAUUUCAUUGCACUUCAUUUAUGGUUUACGAUCUACAGAAUCUCCUGUACAUAAUAUUAGAAAUGCAGCAGAUACAUAUAAUAUUGUUGCUAUUUAUUACUGAACUGAUUGAACUUUUGUAAACUUUUUGUACUGAAAAUGCACCCUUUUGCCUUGUAUAAAAUACAUUUUCCUUCCACUCUUCCCUCAAGGGUUGGUACCAUAUUUCACAAAAAAAUGGUUGAAUAAUAUUUUCCUUUUGUUUAUGUUUUUUUGUCGAUUAAAAACAACAGCAGGUAAACUGGGCUAAUAUCUUUCUGGGUAUUCAGUUACCAAGCCUGCCCUCAGUACUUUCCUUGGUAGUAUAGAUAGAGUAUUAACCUGUUGUAUUCUGAUCUGAAAACAGAGAGUUGCACCAUCAGAUCCUGCCUGGAUCAGUGCCUUCAGGUUUAGCCCUAAAUUUGCCACAUGAUCACAAGGCUUUUGAAAGAAAAAAGCUCUGUGAUCCAGGCCUGAGAAGUCAUACUUCUAUUUCAGAUGUUUUGCAUUUUACUGCUGGAGAUUAAAGAUACCAGCUGAUAACCAUUUAAAUUGCAAUUUUAUUUAAAAACUGGCUACAGAGCUUUUGCUCACCUCUCCCAAGUGAAAAUAAACAGAAUCCAUCUAAGAAUAAAUGGUACAGGGAAAGAACAUAUUAUAUGAGCUGAAUUAUACUGCAAUGUUUCUCAGCUACUUCAAUAAUGUAAGUUAGGUUAUAAUCUGAUUCUUCCACAAAAGUGAGAUUGCUGUUUUAGAGAAAAGCACAAAAUGUACGCAUGCAAUAAUAUCUAAAAAUAAUGAUGAACAUAGUCAUCUUCCUCAGGCCAUAUUACACGUUCUUAUUUUGUUCUUUAAGCACAAGUUAUAAUAAUUGAGGUGCAAUGGGUUUGCACAUUGAUCUUUCACUUCAGAUGAAUAUAAUGGGAUGAAAAAGUAUCUCUAUUGUUGCAAAGGUAAUGUAUGUAAUGGCUUUGACAGUCUCAAAAAUGCCCAUUGUUUUCAGAUUCUCAAAUAAGUUGUUGGAAUGGUAAAAUUUGAAUAUAGUUUGGUGGAUGGGUGCUAUUGUGUUCUGUGUCAAACCACACUAUUCAAGGGUACUUUAUGCAGCUGACAGCUUGAGGAUCUUUACAAUGGUUAAAAUGUUUCUGGAUAAAUCUUCCCAGCAUACUUUACUCAUUUGUGAAUGGCCUAGCAGUUAUAUUUAAAAUACUUUUUUUUUGUCGUCCAAAGAGUAGAGCAUGUUAGAAUUGAAGCCAAUGAAUUUCACCUUGGCUCAGAAAAUUGCUUUGUUUGUUUUGGUAGGGAUUAUUUUCUCUGAAUUUUUUUAAAAAUCUGAUGGUUACACUGAUAUGCCAUUCCUUGUAUUUCAAAAACCAAGGUUGACUGUACUGACUUGAAAUUGUAAUAUCAAAGGGAUAAAUAGCACUUGCAUUAGAGUUAUUACAGCAUUAAAGACAAUGUAAUUUAUUUGCACCACUACUCACACCUGUUGACUUUACUGAUCUGCAGUCAAAAGUGCCUUGCU